GCACGUUACAAUGCCGGCCAACUUGCAUCGUCGGGCGCAUCCAGCAGCGCUGGUGGAUUCCAAUGGGGGCCGGCGGGCUAUGACUCUGCCGCUUCAGAGUGGUCGGCGGGUCAGAACUCUUGGCAGGACCUUCCUCACCAGUCGGACGCCAGCGGCGGGAAGCCGGGCAAGGGCCAGGGCGGCCCUGUGCAAGGCAAGUCGUUCAGGGGCGCGCCCUCGCAGCCAGCGGUGUACCCGUGGCCGUACCAGAAUAAGGGCGCGCCGUCGUAG